AUGCAAGCCCCUAAGAUGGAUGCCAGGCUUUUGAAGACAAGGAAAUCUAUGUACCGGGACUGGUUAUAUAACUGGAGAGCUGAAAAGACUCUCAAAAAACAAAGCAAGUUCAGUAAGAAAUGGACUGCCCGGUUGGUGAUAGAACACCAGUACAAGAAGGAGAUCCUUGAAAAGACUGGAGCAAGGCCAGGAGGGAAGGAAAUGAUUAAAAACUACCAGGGUGCGGUCAAUGCAAUUAUGGGUGGUUUAUCUGAAGAGCAGCUAGAGGAAGCAAAUAAGACUGCGAUAGAAUGGUCUAGCAGGGCUCCUCCUACAGAUGUCCAGGCUGAGUUUGCUCAGAAGAAAGCUCCUGGUAUGAUGAAGGAUCUUGCGACUCAGUUAUGGAGGCAGGCUGGUAUGAGGAUAUUCAUAUUGUCGGCAUGGAAAACUGAGGAAGGCGAAGUGAGGAUCAAUGGAAUUGACUUCAAUGACAAGUUAGAGGGCAGUAGUUUCACAGAUACAAAGGACUGGAAGCCCAUGUUACCGGAGUGGAAUGCCUAUGUUGGAGAAGACAUUGACCGGAAUGAUGAUGAGGAUGGCAAUGAGGACAGGGAGGAAAAGGAGAACAGAAACCAAAGGAGAAAGAAGGAGGAAUUCGCUUUGGAGGUGGAUACCUAUGGGCUGCCGGUCAUACCGGAUAUGAAGUCACUUAACCUGGAGGACAAAAAGUCUCUGAUCCGGACAUUCCUCACAAAACACUACAGGUUUUGCAGUCAAAAGCCUAAGGUGUCUGUCCCUUGGUCUGCAGUGAGGGAGGCUCAGGAUGAUUUUAUCGAGGCCAAGUUUUUAUUAUCCGGUGGGAAGAUCCAGGAUCCGUCAAAGCUUCAGUGGCAUGAGGCUGACUGGCUCUUAGAGUUUUGGCAUCAGCGACAAAAGGACAAGGUUCGGCCAACAUUUGAAUUCAAAGCCUGGCAAGACCAGGAGAAGGAGAUGAGAGAACCGGUGGAGAAGAUCACAGGGUGCGACUCUAGCACUAUAUGCAGUCAAGCAACAGCAAAGACCAAGUCGACCGGAAAGUCAUCCAGGAAGCCAACCAGAAGGGUGGAACCAGACUCAAGUAGUGAGAGUGAGGAUGGUAAUGGUGAAGGUGAUGAAGAGGUUCAAUUACCGCCUUCAAAGCUCACAUUGGCCGGAAAGCGGGGCAGAGAUGUCCAAUUUGCUCCAGUUAAAAAACCUGCAGGCACGACCGGAAAGUCAUCCAGACGGCAGACUGGAAGGGUGGAACAGGAGUCAAGUGGUGAGAGUGAGGAUCUUGAUGAAGCUCAAGGCGAUGAAGAAAUUCAAUUAUCAACUUCAAAGCUCGCAUCAGUCGGAAAGCGGGGCAGAGCUGUCCGAUCUGUUCCAGUUGAACAACUGCCUAGCAAGUCAACCGGAAGGUCAUCCAGGAAGCCGACCGGAAGGGUGGAACAGGAGUUGAGUAGUGAGGGUGAGUUUGGUGAUGAAGGCGAAUGUCAUGAAGGAGUCCAAUCCCGGCCUUCAAAGCUGAAAUCAAUCAGAAAGCGGGGCAGGGCUGUCCAAUCUGAUUCAGAGCAAGAUUCCUGCCUACCGGUCAAGAAAGCCAAACCAAAUGUCAUUAGGCGCAACAAACCAUUGGAGGACAAUGCUGGCACUCCUUCAGCAGAAUCAUCCAGUAACCUUGAUAGGGCACCACUGCCUUCAAACGAUGCCCGUGGAAGUCACUUAGUAGGUCCUGCAUCAGCCAUCCGGAUGAAGGAGACGAGGAAUAAGAUACCUGCACCCGAACGAACAGCUCCUUCCACCACACAGGCCACUGGUAAGAAAGCCAAAAGAGAUGGAGCUCAAGUCCACAAUCUGGAGCCAAAGUGGUCGACUAGAACUGCAAAGGUGUCUUAUAAAGUUAAUUACAUGCAAAAAGAGUAA